AUGGCCAGCAAUUCGUCCCCGGAUUCAACUCGUAACCCGAGCACGGACGGGCUGGGGGAACCCCCGGCGAGGAAAAGACGGCGCGUCAUUGGAGACGAAAGGACCACCCUGCGCCGCCAGGCGGCCUGUCAGUCUUGUCGGCUUCGCAAGGUCAAAUGUGACAAGCAGAAACCUUGCUGUUCCGUCUGCAAAUCCAGCGGCUCGACAUGCGAGUAUCCCGAGAAAGGCGCUGAGAACCUCACACUCGAAUUAGCCACUCGCACCUUACUGGAAAAGCUCGAUCAGCUACGGGAAGAAAUCAGUGACCUCAAAGAUACAGUGCAUGGAGGAGACAGUGAUGAAGGCCAAGCACGAGCAGGACAGCUCGGUCCACCGAUGCCACGCAGUGUUCAGAAGGAAAGCAAUACGGCGACGACUUUGCCUUGCCUGGAGAGCUCAGGAGAUUUCCUUCAAAUCCCGCCGUGCAAGAUGAGCGCUGAUACCGUCUUGACUUGGGAGAUUUUUGGGGGGAAAUAUUCACAAGACACCUUGAUCGGAGUGCUUUUCCAAUCCAAAAAGGCCAACUCAUCAUCGUCAACUCAGAGAAACUCCAAGAUGGUCUCGGCCGAUGAAGCCGCGCCGACCAGUGGACUACAACCGCCGGAUGAUGAGCGAAUCCCUUUCCUGAUCGACAACUUUCUGCAAAAUGUCCAUACCAAGAAUCCUAUCCUCGAUGUAGAAUCCCUCGUGCAGCAUGGCCGCAAGUGUGCGGCGCAUGGCAUUGGCUGGGACGGCCUCUCAUGUCUCGUACUUCUGGCAUGUGCGCUUGGUGCUCUCGCGAAGCCGUUCGACUGUCCCCCGGCCGCUCGGCAGUCAGCUCUGCCCUGCGCAUCCGUCAACUCUUCCCCAGGAAGUCGCUCUACUCACGUUUUUGCACAGAAUCUGCAGCAAGCUGAUGCAUAUUUCACUCUCGCCUGUCGUCGUCUUGGCUCACUUAAGCACACCCUGCUAGGAGCUCAAUGCUAUUUUUUUGCCGGUGUGUACCUCAUGUACGCACUGCGGCCUGUUCUGUCGUGGCAGUAUUUCUUCCACGCGUCUGUUCUCUUCAAUCUGCAUCUCAAGGCGACGUACGGUGUAGAAGAGAGCCUCGUAGGGGCUCUGGGGGUUCCGUCACAACAGUUAAGUGCCGCAGAUCGUAAGAUCAGGCGGCUGGAGCAUAGCCUGUAUUGGUCGUGUUUCAAGUCCGAAUGCGAGUUCCGUGUCGAGCUCCCUCUUCCACAGUCAGAACUCAGCCAUGGCGAAUACCCCAGCCUCUUCCCUUCGCCUCCGUCGCCUAAUGCAACGGACGGACCUAGGAGUGCCGCUUCCCAGUCUCCUAACAGAAGUUCCAUUGGUAGUGGUGAUAUGGCGCUGGAUCCCUUCGAUGUCGACCCAAGUAUGGGCGAAGAAGAAUGGGAACUACGACAGCAUGCCAGGCGCCUAUGCAACGAGGAAGAAAGCUGGUAUUACUACCUUACAGAGAUCGCGUUGCGACGCAUCGGCAACCGCAUCAUCAAUACUUUUUUCCGCCAAGAUCCUGCUUCGUGGCUGGAUAUCAAACCACUUCUUCGCAUAGGUCAGGAGUUUGAAGCCCAGGUCCUAUCCUGGUCAGCACAUCUUCCUCCUGCGAUGCAACGCUAUGAAACAACAUCUCUUAUUCGCGCACCGCAUCUAAGUUCCCGAGAUGGAUGUGCAGGGAACCAUGUCUCUCGCGAACUCAGCUGGGCGGUCGAUAACAGGCUUGUUGAAAUGCAAACGUGGCUCUAUCAACCCUUCCUUUACUACCUUAUUCACAUCGGGGUCUAUCCUCGUACAUCAAUGCACGAUGGCUACGCAACCUAUCGGUCCGCUGUUCCAGAGCAAUCUACUCGCGAUGGCCACAUCAAUAGUCUCUUGAAUCCAGCUUUCACCACCGGGCGUCCGACGGCCACCUCCCACGAGUUCAAUUUCCCGUCUUCUAACCAGUUCAACGUCUGUGAGGCGUCGCUGGAUAAUGAGGAGUUGACUGUCCUUCGGGCCCUGAUUGCAUCAGGAAUCCAAUGUAACCUUAGGACCUUGGACGUGCGUUCGGUCGGUCAUCGCCAUCAUGGUCUAUGGUAUGACCUCCGAAGCAUUAUGUGCGCAUCGCUCAUUCUCCUGGCCGUUGUCAAGAGUGGGAAUGCCGCGUGGAUCCCCGGUGGUGCCGAGACCCUCUGGGGGCCCGACCCCGGCGGCACUCACGUCUCGGGCUCACUGGUGCCAAUUGGGGGGAAGAUUGGGAAAGUUCUGGCACAAUUUGACUUCUGGGCGGGGGAGGCACCGGACCUGUUGAGACAUCAAGAGAUUCUGGAGCAGGUUGUUAGAGAAGUGAGAGGUGCAUAG